AAGAUUCAUACAUUAUUAGCAUUUUCAAAACCAAAACAAAUCCAUAACCUCAACAUGAAACUGCUUAGUGGCUAAGUACAAUUUUAAGCACACGAUACAAUGACGCAAAAAUUAGCUGCAGAAACUUUCCGAAGUGCCUUUAAGGUAAUAGACAAAGAUGUGUUAAGGUGGUUUCCCGGUCACAUGGGAAGAGGUUUGAAACAAAUGCAACAAAAAUUGAGAAGUGUUGAUUGCAUUGUUGAGGUUCACGAUGCUAGAAUACCAUUUUCCGGAAGAAAUACAGACUUUAAACACACUAUAAGUGGUAUAAAACCACACAUUUUGGUUUUAAAUAAAAUGGAUCUGAUAGAAAAGAAAUAUCAAGAGAAUAUCAAACAAAAGUUGAAGCAUGAGUAUGAGAAUGUUGUAUUUACAAACUGUAAAAAUGAAAAAUGUAAAGGAUUAAGUAAAAUUUUUCCAUUAGCCAAAGAUCUCAUAAGAAAUUCUGACCGAUACAACAGAACUGGGGAAGAUGAUUACUGUAUGAUGAUUAUUGGAGUUCCAAAUGUGGGUAAAUCAUCUUUAAUAAACAUGCUGAGAGUAAAUCACUUGCAUAAACCAAAAGCUGCUGCUGUUGGGGCUAAUCCAGGAAUAACUAGAAGUGUAAUGAACAAAAUAAAAAUGUGUGACAAUCCUUUAUUUUACAUGUUGGACACUCCAGGCAUUUUAACACCAAACAUUACUAAUAUUGAAGCUGGAUUAAAGUUAGCUUUAUGUGCAACAAUUCAAGAUCAUUUAGUUGGAGAAAGAAUAAUAGCUGAUUACCUCCUAUUCUGGUUGAAUCUUCAUAAAUAUUUUAAUUACGUGAAAUACUUUAACCUGAAAGAAGCAUCUGAUAAUAUACUAGAAGUUUUAGCUCAAAUCAGUUUGAAUUCUAAGAAAACACUUAAAGUGAGGAACCAUUUAAAUGAAUAUGUAUUAAAACCUGAUUUUGAUUCAGCUGCUAGAACUAUGAUCAAAGCGUUUAGGGAGGGACAUCUAGGAAAAUAUUUGUUAGAUGAAGAUUUAUUGUAGUAUUAGUUAUAGGUUUAUGUAAAUAAAUGUGUUAAAUUAAA